AUGGAUAAACAACUUAAACCUUCUAUUGAACUUCAUGAGUCGGGCAAUAAUGAUGAAAAUCUUGAGCUUGUUGAAUUUAAGUCAACAGAGUUUCAAGAUGAAUCAAGCAAAAGUGUUGUUAAUAAAAUACUAGAUGAUAGAACAAAUGAUGAUCCCAAAGAUAAAAAACUCUUGCGCAAACUUGACCUUCAUAUCAUUCCUGCUAUGACAUUACUUUACUUGAUUUGCUUUCUUGAUCGUGUAAACAUCGGACAAGCUAAACUCAAUGGUCUCACGAAAACAUUAAAUCUUUCUAGCAUACAAUACAAUAAUUGUUUGAGUGCAUUCUUCGUGACGUACAUUCUAUUUGAGAUUCCGUCGAAUUUAAUACUAAAAAAAUUGCGACCAAGUCGAUGGAUACCUCUUAUCAUGACUGCUUGGGGCGUCGCGACAACUUUUAUUGGCCGUGUUGAUUCCUAUGCCGGUCUUUUCAUUUGCCGAAUUAUAUUAGGUGCCGCUGAAUCAGGCUUUUUUCCAGGCAUCAACUUUUAUUUGUCAAGUUGGUACAAACGACGUGAAAUUUCAUGGCGGGUCAGUAUUCUUUUCUCUGCUGUGUCACUUGCUGGUACCUUUGGUGGUAUUCUUGCCUACACAAUUAAUCUUAUGCAUGGUAUUUGGGGCCAAGAAGGUUGGCGUUGGAUCUUUUAUAUCGAAGGUUCAAUCACGGUUAUUGUCGGAGCGUUAUCUUUUCUUUUCAUUAGCGACUUUCCAUCCGAUCGACCAAAGUUCCUCACUGAAAACGAAUGCGAUCGAGUGAUUGUUCGUUUACGUACCGAUGCUGGGCCCGGUGCUAGCGAACAUUUUAGUUGGUCUCAAGUAGGUUCGGCAUUUUUAGAUUGGAAAUUGUACGUCUGGUCAUUGUGCGGUCUAACAAUCACAGUACCAGUUCUUUCUCUUAAUUUUUUCUCUCCGACCAUUAUUGCUAAUCUUGGUUUUGCUAACUAUCAAGCACAACUUCUCACUGCUCCACCAUAUGCUUUUGCAUUUAUUACUACCAUGACUACUGCCUAUUUCUCAGAUAAAUACGCUCGACGUGGUAUAUUCAUCAUGUUCUGGUCGAUAAUUAGUAUUAUUUCGUAUAUAAUUCUACUUCUGACCGAAAAUUUUGUCCUUAAAUACUUUGCUAUUUUCAUUGCAGUUGGCAGCUUGACACCAUCGACAGCAAUAUGUAUCAGUUUUCUCUCAUGUAAUAUUAGUCCUCAUAUAAAACGAGCCACUGCAUUAGCAUUCAUGCUUUCUAUGUGUAAUGUCGGCGGAGUCAUUGGUGGUCAAAUAUACAGAUAUCAAGAUGCCCCUCGUUUCAUCAUGGGUCAUUCAGUCAAUCUUGUCUGCUGUGUAUUGAGUUUUGCUACGGCUACUAUUCUCGUUGCUGCUCUUUACUUAGAAAAUCAACGACGAGAUCACUUGUAUGGUAAAGUCAACAACUAUACGGCAUCAAAUGCGGAGGCAGACACCAUUGAUAUAUUUAACUUGGGUAGUGCAGAAGGUCGACAGCGAUGGGGUUAUGAAAAUAUGUCUGAGAAAAAGAUUCGCAACCUAGGUGACAAACAUGCUGCAUGGAGAUAUAUAUUAUAA